GGGAUACUAAUUGCUACACUAGUAAUCCGACAAUUUUUUUUUUUAAUUUUAUUCCGAAAAGAAAGAAAAAGAAAAAAAAAGUGGGAUAAUUUAUAGACAAGACCUACUAUACGUACCCUCAUCACUCAUUCAAGAGGACCAUAUAUUAAAGUAAGUAAAAGGCUGUGUGAUAUAGAAAUCCCGAUCAGGCCGAGUCUCUGAGAGAUUAUGGGGAGAGCGACGUGGUACGACGCCGACGGGACGAAGAGAGGAGAAUGGACGGAGGAGGAAGACCAGAAACUCGUCGCUUACAUCGACGAAUACGGCGUCGGGGACUGGCGUUUUCUUCCUGACAAAGCUGGUUUGCGGAGAUGUGGGAAGAGCUGCAGAUUAAGGUGGCUUAAUUUCCUAAGGCCUGGGAUUAAGAAAGGCAAAUUCACUCCUCAAGAAGAACAAGUUAUCAUCAAUUUACAUUCUGCUUUCGGGAACAGGUGGGCACUAAUAGCUCAGCAGAUGCCAAAUCGAUCAGACAAUGACAUCAAGAACCAUUGGAACUCUUGUCUCAAGAAAAGACUGAAGAGAAACGGAAUCGACCCAGUGACCCACCAGCCGGUCCCCAAUAACCUCACCGUCGAAACGCCGUGGUUUAACACAGAAUGCAGUACUUCUUCUUCCGCGACAGCGAGCCCUUCUUACUCCUCCUCCCGCUCGGCCCAUCUCCUUAAUAAGAUCGCCACUGGUAUCUCAUCUAGACAACACUGUGUCGACAGGAUCAAGAACAUCUUGUCGGAUCCGAGAACCACAAACAUCCACUGUCACGAAGAAGAAGGGGAAGAGUUUACCAAGGACCAUGAGAAGAUAUUAGCGAGUGGUUAUCAAGAAGAAGACUUUUUAAUGUGGGACGAGGAAGAAUUGAGGCGUUUCAUGGAGGAGAUUAGUGUAAUGGAGUUCGGCACGACGUCGUACGAUUGUAAUUAAUUUGGACUUUUCAUACAUGAGUUGAUGAUCAUGUCCUUUGGUAAUCAAUAUAGUUACUGUGUUAGAUCAUGGAUCGAUCAUUCAGUAGUUUGUGUUUACCACAUAUAAGGCUUUAUGCACGUGUUCUUGUUGCAACUUGCAAAGAGUAAUAUUAAUGUACCAGUGUCACUA